CGGAAGCGGGGCCGCAGGCCUCUCGGCGCCCGAGCGGAGCCCGAGCUGUCGCAGCUGCAGGUGGUGAUCGAGUCCAGGGACCCCGGCUGCCACAGCUACCCGCACCUCGGCUCCAGCGAGGCCUAUCAUUUAACUGUAACUGAGCCUGUGGCUAUACUGAAAGCGGAUGAGGUAUGGGGUGCUUUAAGAGGUUUGGAAACCUUCAGCCAGUUGGUUCAUGAGGAUGACUAUGGAAGCUUCCUUGUCAAUGAAUCUGAUAUCAACGACUUCCCAAGAUUUGCUCAUAGAGGAAUCUUACUAGACACUUCAAGGCAUUAUUUACCACUGAAAUCUAUUCUUACAAACCUGGAUGCCAUGGCUUUUAACAAGUUCAAUGUUCUCCACUGGCAUAUAGUAGAUGAUCAGUCAUUCCCUUACCAGAGUAUUUAUUUCCCUGACUUAAGUGACAAGGGAGCAUACUCCUAUAACCACAUCUAUACUCCUACUGAUGUCCAUCUGGUGAUUGAGUAUGCCCGGUUAAGAGGCAUUAGAGUCAUCCCAGAGUUUGAUACCCCAGGACACACACAGUCUUGGGGAAAAGGUCAAAAAGAUCUUCUCACCCCUUGUUACAGUGGAGAACAGCCAACUGGGUCCUUUGGACCUGUAAAUCCCAUUUUGAAUACAACUUAUGACUUCAUGACUAAAUUCUUCAAAGAGAUCAGCAGUGUAUUUCCAGAUGCAUACAUUCAUUUGGGAGGAGAUGAAGUGAACUUCGAUUGUUGGAAAUCUAACCCUGAAGUGAAAGAGUUCAUGAAGAAGCAAGGAUUUGGCAUUGACUACGCUAAACUGGAAUCUUACUAUAUUCAGAAGAUUUUGGACAUUGUUUCCUCCUAUAACAAAGGAUAUGUGGUCUGGCAAGAAGUGUUUGAUAACAAAGCACAGCUGAAACCAGACACGGUAGUUCAAGUGUGGAUGGAAAACAACUAUGCUUAUGAACUGAGCAGUGUCACUGGAGCUGGGUUCACUGCUAUCCUGGCAGCCCCCUGGUACUUAGACUACAUUAGUUAUGGGCAAGACUGGAAGAAAUACUACAGCGUUGAACCGCUUAACUUCCCUGGAUCUGAAAAACAGAAAAAGCUUUUAAUAGGUGGAGAAGCCUGCCUGUGGGGGGAAUUUGUGGAUGCAACUAACCUCACACCAAGAUUAUGGCCCCGAGCAAGUGCUGUAGGGGAAAGACUCUGGAGCAGCAGGAACGUGACCAACUUGCAGGAUGCCUAUAAAAGACUGACUAAUCAUCGAUGCCGCAUGCUCCGCCGUGGUAUAGCAGCUGAACCUGUGUUUGUUGGAUACUGUGCCCAUGAAGCAAGAGGGCAGUAACUGCUGUGAAGACUUCCAGUCAACAACCUGAAGUGCCUCUGGGGUAUGAAUAUAUGUACAUGCAGUUUGAUAUUUGAACCAAGACUUAAAAUUUUCACUUUUAAAAUAAAAUAAAGUUAUUUGACA